CCUGCCGUCGCACAGCCAAAAAGUUUCCCUCCUCACACUGCUGCAGGAACCUUUUUUUCCCCCUCCUCGGAGCCGGCUAGUUCCGGGACCGGUUCGGAAGGGGCCUCCGGGAACGGACGGAGUAGCGGGGCGGAGCGGUGUUUGCAAUGGCUGCUGCUGUGAACUUGGAACUUGAUCCCAUUUUUUUGAAAGCACUUGGCUUCUUACAUUCAAAAAGUAAAGAUUCUGCAGAAAAGCUAAAGGCACUACUUGAUGAAUCUUUGGCUCGGGGCAUUGAUUCAAGUUACCGUCCAUCUCAAAAGGAUGUGGAGCCACCCAAAAUUUCAAGUGCAAAAGCUAUUUCUGUUAAGCAAGAGCCCAAAACAUCCUCCAGUCUUCCUUCUGGCAAUAAUAAUGGCAAAGUCCUCACAACUGAAAAAGUAAAGAAGGAAGCUGAAAAGAGACCAGCUGAUAAAAUGAAAUCAGACAUCACUGAAGGAGUUGAUAUUCCAAAGAAACCUAGAUUGGAGAAACCAGAGACACGGUCCUCUCCUAUUACUGUCCAAACUAGCAAGGAUUUAGCUAUGGCUGACCUUUCCAGUUUUGAGGAGACCAGUGCUGAUGAUUUUGCCAUGGAGAUGGGAUUGGCCUGUGUUGUUUGUAGGCAAAUGACGGUGGCAUCUGGAAAUCAAUUAGUAGAAUGUCAGGAGUGCCAUAAUCUCUACCACCAAGACUGCCAUAAGCCUCAGGUGACAGACAAGGAAGUGAAUGACCCUCGCCUUGUGUGGUAUUGUGCCCGAUGUACCAGACAAAUGAAAAGAAUGGCUCAAAAAACUCAGAAACCACCCCAGAAACCAGCCCCCACAGUUGUUUCUGUAGCUCCAGCUGUCAAAGAUCCAUUGGUUAAGAAACCAGAAACUAAACUCAAACAAGAGACAACUUUUCUAGCAUUUAAGAGAACAGAGGUCAAGACAUCCACGGCUAUUUCAGGAAAUUCUUCUAGUACCAGUGUUUCUUCUUCAGUAACUAGUGGCCUAACUGGAUGGGCAGCUUUUGCAGCUAAAACUUCUUCUGCUGGUCCAUCAACAGCAAAGUUGAGUUCAACAACCCAAAACAAUAGUGGGAAACCAGCUACCUCAUCAACUAACCAGAAGCCUGUGGGUUUGACUGGUCUGGCGACAUCAUCUAAAGGUGGAAUAGGUUCCAAAAUAGGUUCCAAUAACAACACUGCACCCACUGUACCCUUGAAACCACCUCCACCUCUAACUUUGGGCAAAACUGGCCUUAGUCGCUCCGUUAGUUGUGACAAUGUUAGCAAAGUGGGUCUUCCUAGUCCGAGUAGUUUAGUUCCAGGAAGCACCAGCCAACUCAGUGGGAAUGGAAAUAGUGGGACAUCAGGGUCCAGUGGAAAUACCACUAGCAAAACCACUUCAGAAUCAAGCAGCUCUCCCUUAGCAUCCCUUAAAGGUCCAACUUCACAAGAAUCACAGCUCAAUGCCAUGAAGCGAUUACAGAUGGUCAAGAAGAAAGCUGCCCAGAAGAAACUCAAGAAGUAAUCUGGCCAAGUAGGUUUUUAUUUGACAUUACCCUAAAAUCUUAUUAGGACAUAAACUGUAAUAUACUAUAAUUUAAUAAAAAUUUUCACAAUGAAAUUUCUAUUAUUUCUUACCUUAAAAUGCUAAAUGUUAUUUAACAAAAUUUGGAAAUCUUUUUAUUUUAAAUCUGUUUACCAUUUUUAAGUUUCCAUAGUGUGUGAAAACACUGACUAGCAUGAUGAAUUCUUUGGGUUCCUGGGUCGCUCAGUCAGUUGAGCAUCCGACUCUUGAUCUCAACUUAGGGUCAUGAUCUCACAGUUCAUGAGUUCAAGCCCCAUCACAGCAUGGAGCCUGCUUGAGAUUCUGUCUCUCCCUCUUUCUGCCCUUCCCUGUUCACACUCGUUCUUUGUCUCUCUCUCUCUCUCUC